AUGGCAUCGAGAGUGUCUCUAGAAGCUUUGGAGGUUCGUGUACGCGAACUGGAAUUCAGCAGCAGUCGUCGAUCACAGAGAGAGAAACAGAACGUCCCACGACCUUAUCAGGUAACUCAAAUCCUUCAGUAUAAACAAUUCUGUGUACAUGAAAAGAAAUUACAACAAAGUUAUGGCCAUGUUGAAGAAGCUUUUUGGUGGGUGUGGACCAACAAGAGGGAUGACCUGAGAAGACAACGAAGUGGAAAGGCAGAGGCCCACAGGUUGUCUGCUAAGAACAGCAAAAGGGUCAGAUCAAAACUGGAAAGCAGGCUGAAGGCCAUUGCAACCAUAGACUGGCCGGAGAAGAAGAAGGAGAAAGUUCUUCCUCUCUUGAGGAAAGAGCUGACAUCACGCAUGGUGUCAGACGAAGAGGAUGAAAAUCUUCUCUUGUCAACUGCUUUCUGGUGGGAAAGCAAGAAACUUUGUUCAUAUAAGCGACAAUUGGACUACCAGCGGUUGUUCAAGGCUACUGCAAGGGGCCGAAAAAAUAUGAAGAUGUGGGGAAGACAUCCCACACAAGUCCAACACGCUGAUCUGCCACUGGACAUGCCCAGUUGGGCAGUGAAAAGUUCAGCAGAAGAAGACCAGCUGAACACCACUGCUGAUUUUGAUUCCCGAGACGCAUUUCUGAUGUCCCAUGCUGUGAUGUUGCUUGAAUAUUGCUAAAAGCGGAGUAAAACUAUACUCACUUACUCUUAUGUCCCUGAUGUUAUAUACAUGUAGCUAGAUACAUAAUUAAUUAACCAUGUUCACAAUCAAAGAGUUUUGACUGUUAAUAAACUUUUCAUUCAUU